UGCUGCCCCUCCCUGCCUGUGCAAGUUCCCUGAAGUCCUCUGCUCUACCUGCUGAGGAAGUGGCACAUGCCACAGAAUCGCCAUUGUGGCCAUAGGCACCCUCCACCUCCAUCCUGCCCCACUCUUCCCUGGGCUGUAAAGACAAACCAGCCAGGCUGAUGCUGCCACAACUGGGGAACCACAGGUAAGAUGUGUAUGUGCAGAUGGCCUGUUGCAAGACCGGCUGGACCACCGACCGGGACCUCACCUUGAAGAAGGGGCCACAGAAAAGGUAUAGACUACCCAGGUGUCUCGCAGCUCUCCUGUGCUGGGGACUCUGCAAGGCUCAGGCUGUCUGUCACUCUGUGUGGCCUCCAGCAAGUUACUUAAGUUAUCUGAGCCUUGAUUUCCUCAUUGCUGAACUGUCAGUGAGAACGCAAAAGACAGGAUCAGACUGUGUGAGCUCAGAGCUGCCGGGACCACAACCAUGGUGGGCACGAGCCAGGUGCCAAAGGCCUUGUGGAUGUAUUUUCAUGUGCAAUGUGUGUGUCCCCCCCCCUGCCCCCAAGCAGCAUUCCUCAGCUGUGUUACAGCAAUCUUCCCCAAGGUGACAUUGCACAGAUGACAAGACACUUCCAUAAUUUGUAUUCUUGCAAAGCCCCAAUACUGGCCUCCAACAAAGCAGGUCAGGUUGGGUAGGGGCAAAGCCACUGGGCAGGAAGCAGCACUUUAAGAAGCAUGUGACCUCCCUGGGGAGCACGCGCUGGGGGCCUGCCCACCCACACAAGCAGCGAACCUAGACAGGAGCCCUUGUGGCCCGCUGCCUGAAAUGUCUGUUUUGUGGUGCUUCACUCUCCAGCUUUGGAGAGUGGUCAGGAAAGGCCUCCAGGAAGAAGCAGCCACCUGUGGCAGGGCAGAGCAGUGGUAAGGGAUGGCCAGAAGGGCCUGAUCUGAAGAACUGCACCUCAGGGAGUAAAGGCGAGGGCAGAUGGGGUAGAAUUGCCCAGGCUAGACUCAAGGAGAACAACAGGAUUGGUGGGCACUGCCAGGGUGGGCCCAGGUGGAGUGAGGAUCUGGAGGAACCUUAGAAAUAUUUCUGAAGCCAGGCAUGGUGGUGCACGCCUUUAAUCCCAGCACUUGGGAGGCAGAGGCAGGUGGGUUUCUGAGUUUGAGGCCAGCCUGGUCUACAGAGUGAGUUCCAGGACAGCCAGGGCUACACAGAGAAACCCUGUCUGGGGGAAAAAAAAGAUUUCUGAAUGCUGUGGCAGGUGCCAAGACCCAGUACCAUGAGAGGCAGAUGUGCCACUCAAAGCAGCCAGUUUAGUCAUCUGGAGAGAGAGAAGGUCCAAGGCUGGGCAGCUCCCGUCCUCACAUCGCACAGCUGUCUGGGAAUGGGGGUGGGGGAGGGCUCAUGACUCAGGGCGUCCACCCUGUGGUCAAACACUCAUCUCCAGCUGAUCCAGGUGCAUGCACGAGACGCGGUCCUCGUCCCCACCCCACCCCUGACCUCACCGGCCCCAAGCUCCUCAUAGGCAGCUGUCUCUGGACAGAGGGAGGGGGAAGUGGCCAAAAAAAACGAGAAGUAAGAGAAGUUCCUGUCCAGCCUGUACCAGUCUCCUCAGGACUUGAGAGCUGCCUGCCGUGGCCAUGGACUCUGUGGAGACCCCAGUCAAGGAUGGCAUCCUCUACCAGCAGCACGUGAAGUUUGGCAAGAAAUGCUGGCGCAAAGUGUGGGCACUGCUGUAUGCGGGAGGCUCAUCAGGCGUGGCCCGGCUAGAAAGCUGGGAUGUUCGUGACGGUGGCCUAGGACCAGCAGGUGACAGGUCCACAGGGCCUAGCCGUCGAGGGGAGCGCCGGGUCCUACGCUUGGCUGACUGCGUAUCUGUUCUGCCGGCCGAUGGCGAGAGCUGCCCCAGGGACACCGGUGCCUUCCUGAUUACCACCACCGAGCGAAGCCACCUCCUAGCUGCACAGCACCGCCAGUCAUGGAUGGACCCCAUCUGCCAGCUGGCCUUCCCGGGUACCGGAGAAUGUCCCUCGGGCUCAGGACGGGCCGAGAGUCCACAACGGGGCUUUGUUCCCAUGGAGGAAAAUUCCAUCUACUCCUCCUGGCAGGAAGUGGCUGAGUUUCCUGUGAUAGUGCAGAGGACAGAGGCCACCGCCCGCUGCCAGCUGAAAGGGCCCUACCUCCUGGUGCUGGGCCAAGAUGACAUUCAGCUGCGGGAGACCUCCAAGCCCCAGGCCUGCUUCAGCUGGCCCUACCGUUUCCUGCGCAAGUUUGGCUCAGACAAGGGUGUGUUCUCUUUUGAGGCUGGCCGCCGCUGUGACUCAGGUGAGGGCCUUUUUGCCUUCGGUAGUCCGCGCGCACCAGACAUCUGUGGAGCUGUGGCUGCAGCCAUUGCCCGCCAGCGGGAGCGUCUUCCAGAACUGGCCAUGUCUCCACCCUGCCCCCUACCUCGGGCACUCUCCCUGCCCUCCUUAGAGCCCCCUGGAGAGCUUCGGGAGGUGGCCCCAGGAUUUGAGCUGGCCACUUCCAGAAAGCUGCCUCUACCUGAUCCUGGGCCUCAAAGCCUACCGCUGCUGCUCAGCCCCACCCCCACCCCGGAAGGAACGGCAUUCGCCGGUCUCUAUGCUUCUGUGUGCAAGCAGACCAGCAAGCACACAGCCCCUGGGGAGCAUGUCUAUGAGAACGUGUGUGUGCUGGAGGCUAGCCCUGGGCUGUCCAAUGGGGGUCCUGAGGCCCAAGAGGGCCCUCCAGGUGGCCGCAGCCCCCUGGGCAGCCCCGUCUACCGUAACAGUGAGGAUCUGAGUUGGCCUGGCUCGGCCCACGACAGCAAUCUGGAAGCUCAGUACCGGAGGCUGCUGGAGCUGGAGCUGGAUGAGGCUGGCGGCACAGGCCGCCCCGAAGCACACACCGGCAUCAAGGCCAAGCUGGUAACCUUGCUGACCCGUGAGCGGAAGAAGGGCCCCGUCCCCUGUGACCGGCCCUGAAGGCCUGCGUGGCCGCAGCAGGACAGAGGUGAUCUCCCAAAAUAAGCAACACCUUGGAACAUACCCUGACUACUCUUCACGUACAGGACAAGCCAGGUGGCCUGGGGAGGAGCCACACUGCCCUACCUCCUCCCUCAGACACUGUACAGAUUGACCAGUAAUAAAGCUUGCCUGUCUGCAUCCCCUCA